ACUUCCAUAAUGUAACGACUGCAGUACCAGAGCCAUCCAGUGAACCAUCCACAGCUUCCCCCUCCACAAAGCUUCCCUUGGACUCCCCUGGGACGACAACUGCCAAAAUCAUCCCAGAAACUAAAACAACCACAGGUCCCAGCACAAUAACAGCCAUGAUGGAAACGGGUGCCGCUUCAGGAAGCAACUCUGCGAGAGGCUUGGCCUCAGAUGCAGUGCAGAACAAGAAGAGGAGUCAGGCAUGGGCUGCCAUCCUGGGCACAGGAGUGGCAGUGUGCUUCGUGGCGUUGGUGGUCUAUGUCAUCCUGAGAAGGAGAGGCCAACGGGAUUUCACACACAGGAAGCUUGUUGAGGAAAUCCCAGACCCAGUUCUACGACUGAACAACACUGAGCCUGUGGACUUGAAAUUUGAUGGUUCAGCCUACUACAAUCGUGGACUCCAAAUGGACAAUAUCCAAAUGGACCACUUUCCACAAGGACAUGAAAAUUGAAAAGGACUCCAAGACUAACCUUAAACACUUUAAAGAAGACUUUCAUAUACAAAAUACUUAUUGAGACCCGACAUACGCAUUAACGUGCAUAAGUCUCUAUAGCAGAAUGUCAAGUCAUGGAUUUACUGCACCCUAAUGCAUUGGU